AUGGGUCCCGCACUUACUUCACGACACGGGAAGGAAAGAUCUCUCCUCAAAUGUCCUCUCCAGGCUCGUAGCAUGGGAAAGAAGCUGUACUUCGAACAGAUGCACUGCUCCAUACAGCCCUGCCUGCCUCGGCCGCACCCUGUUCUCAAAUGCCGGGCUUUCCAUCGAAUGACAGGUGACCGCGGGCAGCAAGAUCAAACCUUUCUGUCCAGCCUUCCAGUUGACAAGGGGCCAGGAUCUAUAGAGUCAAAAGAAGAUACCUACUGCAGUAGCAAGAUGGCCGGUAUCGAGUACUGCUCGGAUGCAAAACCCAGCAGCCUAUUUGGCACAAGCUGCACUGCAGCUGGCCGCAAAUUGACGCAGAGGAAAUCAAAGGCCUGGCCUUGCAUUCCAUCUCAAAAUUCCAAUUGUUAUUUGCACCCACCCGCCUUUUCCACCUUAGCCGUCUCACGCCCACCUCCCAUAACCUGUCACAACCUCCCCAAGCACGUUCCUGGCCUGGAACUCGAGCUUGACGUGUGUUGCCCUGAGACUCCAAACCGCGUGCGUGUACCUCUCAGAAUCAGACGCAAGACAAGCACCGGUCAAUCAACGGACUCUCAACCAUUGGCAAUAAGAGGGGUGCUCAGGUGGAGGGGAAUUCCUCAAGCCCGCGCCAUUACGCGUUUCGCCCCUCAUCAACCAUCCCACCCGUCCAACCCCAGCACAGUUAUGAGACCCGAUCAGCCACCACUGCCACUGCGCCGAACCAGGAUCGACGCCCGGCCAGCCAUUACGGAGUACUUCCAGUCAAUAUUGAGGACAACCGCACACAAUCGACUACCUACCUACACUACCUAUCAUGCGAGGUCGCUACCAGACGGCGCACGACGGGCUUUCAUCAUUCCCAUUCCGCCACUUUGUUCCUCUGGCUUUGAAUCGAUGCUACUACAAACUCCCACCUUCGCUGUACACUAUACACGGCCAUUCUUCCCACUGGCCAGCGUUGUUGCUGAGCGAGAUGCGGCCGCAUGGAAGACCAGGCAGUCAAUCAUGAUUGUCCUUUCCGAUCCCGAACGACAAAUCACUCGCGCCUCAAACACAGUCAGCCAGCAUCUUUCAUCUGAUCCUCGAUCCUCAGAUGCCAUUAGGACCGAACAGCAUCUCGACAAUGGACCCCUAAGGCCGAGACACUCAAUCACUUGGACUAGACGCCAAAGGGCAGCGAGGAUCAUGCCCGUCCCACCGCCUCUCCCUCUUCAGUGCUCCACGUUGUCAACUUUUGCCCAGCCCGAGCUUGGGUACUGCGAACCUGCAAGGUCCACUUCCAACCGAGAGUCCGGAAUAUCAACUUGGCUGCCAGACCGCCGCAUAAAGCUUGCACACAUGACGCGGAUCGAUGGCUUACGGUACGCGCACAUCAGAUACGUGGACGUGUGUACGAAGUACGGGCCAAGUUGCCUCCACAGGGCCGUGAAGUUUUAUCCGCUCACUCUUCUACAAUUCGUGCCCAGUUCUACACCAUAUACCAGCCUGGACCCCAAUCGUACCCGUGAAGUCUCUAGGAACGUUUCCAUUGCUUCGAGAUUUUUCUAUACAUGUCCAACAUUCUCUGAUAUCUCCCGCCUUCCCGUAUCAAAAAUUUUGCGCCUGUCUUUCCAGGAGACGGUGAAGAAACGCAGUGUCGUGCGGAAAAUCUGGACAAAGCCUGCAUCAUCGCAGGGUCCUUCCGAUGUUGUACCAGCUCUGUAUCCCUUCAAGCCGGCGCGGGGUUGCCACUGUCUCUCAGUAGGUAUCGUGUUUGAUAUCUCCGUACUUGCUGGAUUGGCAAUACGACACCACCAGACGAAUGACAGGUACAUCGAAGGAAGGAAGGGUCUUGAGGCCCGAGCUUCUGGCCUUCCAUUUUCGCCGCAGAGCACCCAGUUUUGCCUCGAAGCAUUCUCUGAUAUCAAAAUGCGUGGAAGAGAUACCUAUGUCAAACAAGAGCUUCAUCACCCUACUCAUCUCACCCUAGUCACCUUGCAUCUUUACGGAUGCUCAGUGAGCUCAGGAAAAGCAGAAAAUAGAGCCGAAGUCGAAGGCCAAUGGCAUCGCGCCGAGCUAAGACGGCCGGGGCUUCCGACGGCUGGUACGCAACUGCGUCUAUGCUGCAGCCGGGCGGGCUCAAGCAACAGCCCCCUCCCACCAUAUGCGCGAGACCAUUUAACUGGCCGCAGCAUGCAGGCUCGGCCAGGUUCUAUCAAGAUCCCGUCGUUCUUGGAGGCGCAAGUUUGGUCUUUACUGCACGCUAUCCAGACAAAGUCGGGUCGGGUUUACUUCCGUGGCACACCAUAUCCUUGGCCACGCACCCUCUUCGGCCUGUUUCGCACACCACGCCUAUCGUGGAUUUUGAAAGCCCCGAUUGUUGGUCGGGAAAUCCCUCCUCAAGCUCUCGCUGCUAGGUGGGUUUCGUCCUCUCUCCAUCUCCUCCCACCUUCAUGA